AUGAAGUUCUCUACUGUAACUCUCGCCCUUCUUGUACUUUCGCUGGAGUGCUUUGGAGCGCUGAGUUUGGGCCGUGACUCCAGUAAUAACCAAGGGCUUUCGUCAUGUCCAUCGGCAACUGUGGUCAAUUCUACGACGAUCAGUGUCAAUGGUCACGCCGUACAACGUAUGACUUUCCAAUGCCCAGACGGUGCGGUAUCAGCGAAAGUGAAGACGGCGUCGCCUGCUGGCGGAUCGUCUCCAAUCGUUACACCCGCGGGUCUAUCAAAGCUGGCGCGGCGAAGCUCAGUGGAAUGCAAGACUACAGGCAGUGAAUGUCAGUGUGGUCAAAUGGCCUCGUGUGUCUGUGAUAAUUUGACUCAGAACAGUCCUACUGGCGAUGAUUGUGCAAUUUUAAUGGACUCCCUCAAGGUGAUACCCCAGCUUGAAGGACCGUCAUUUCUUGUCCCCUUUUCACAGAUCCAGAUCAUCCAAUUCCAGACAUGUGCAAUCGAGCUAGAGAACUUUAAUCUCAAUGGCGGGCCGCUUGAAUUUUGCUGGGAUGACCUUGUAAAAAAUUUCUUUGUGUCUCCUCUUAGAAAUCACCAGUCUAAUGCAGCGUAUGAUCUGAUCAAGGUCUUCUUGGCGGGAAUUACUAACGAGAACUGCAUUGAAAGGGGUGAAAGUACGGGGGCCGAUUGUAUUCCCAAUAACGACCUCUGGGUAUUUGAGUUGUUCCGCAUUAGCUCGUAA